AUGGGUGCUACUGCCCUUCAAAUAUCGGGAAUUCCCGAGGAGGAGCUCACUCGUCUGAGGGCAUCGUUGUCGAAACUCUGGGCCGGCUUCGACGAACGUCUUAUCUACACCUUCAAGAUCGCACCAUGGGACCAAGGAGAGCCGACUCCGUUUCCUGAGGAGUGGAAGUCACCAGAGUGUCAAGGCUGGGACGACCUUGAAGUCCUCAAGAUUGCGAGUAUGAGUUGCUUACGGUUCGUCAAUAUUACGAAGUAUUAUCCGCGAGCAUAUCAGUUCAAGGCAGUAUUGGUCGCAUGUAUCUCCUCGGCAACGUCUCGAAGUCCCCAAGGCUGGCAUGCAUUCGUUAAAGUGGCACUGACAAGUCUAUUCAAAGGCUGCACUACUGUCCCGGAGCCUCUGGCCAAGCAUUUGAUCACCGACAAUCUCAUUCAAACUGCCUUCUGCAAGAUACUACCCGGUUUUUCAGAAGAUCAGCAUAGUCUGGAUAGGCCUUUGGGAACAUUCAAGGGAGCUCUCAGACUUGCUGGUGAGUACACGAGUAUCAAUGCUUUUGGAACGGUCGAUGGAGCGUGGCAAUCUGGUCGCCACCAUGCCGUUGAGAUCAUCAGAGAGCAUGUUGAGAAUCAUCAAGCAUCUCUGGACGCUGAGUCAACUCACAAUGAGACGGAGACCGACCUUGUCAAAGUCGACGAGGACGAGAGCUCGAUUGCUCAGACUAGUAUCCCGGCCUCAGCUGCUGACGAUGGA